AUGCCAGACUCACGCCUUUUCCAGCCUAUGAAGAUUGGCAACAUCCAAGUCCAACACCGUGUCGGCAUGGCUCCCAUGACUCGACUCCGAGCAAGCGUGGACCGUAUUCCCAACACUCUCAUGAAGGAAUACUACAGUCAACGUGCUUCCACACCCGGAACACUCAUCAUCACUGAGGGAACUCUCGUCUCACCUGCUGCAGGUGGUGGGUUUGCCCGAACACCUGGAAUCUGGAACCAGGAACAAGUCAGUGCUUGGAAAGUCAUCACAGACGAGGUGCAUAUCAAGGGCAGUCAUAUCUUUGUCCAACUUUUCGCUAUGGGUAGAGCUGCCACUGUCGAAGUUGCAAAGGAGGAGGGAAUCGACAUCAUAUCAGCAAGCUCUCUUCCUUUCGAGGGGAGUAAUGCUAAGCCUAGAGCUAUGACUCUUGAAGAGAUCUACGACAUGAUCGACGCCUUCGUGACUGCCUCCAACAACGCGAUAGCAGCUGGUUUUGAUGGAGUGGAGAUUCAUGGCGCAAAUGGAUACCUUCUUGAUCAAUUUCUCCAAGAUGUCAGUAAUCAUCGUGACGAUGAUUUCGGUGGAAGCAUUGAGAAUAGAUCACGUUUCAUUAGCGAGAUUAUGGAGCGCGUUGUUGAAGCCAUUGGGCCAGACAGAGUUGGUCUCCGUCUCAGUCCGUGGAGUACCUUCCAAGGUAUGCGAAUGGAGAACCCCAUCCCCCAAUUCACAGACAUCAUCAACAAAGCAAAGGCUCUUGACCUGGCAUACCUUCACCUGGUAGAAUCACGAAUCUGCGGUAGCGUGGAUGACAUGAACAAUGGCCAGGAAAAGCUUGACUUUGCUUAUGAUCUCUGGGAGAGUGCUUUCCUCAUUGCGGGAGGAUAUAAGCUACAAAGUGCAGAGGAUCUUGUCGACCGUGAACAUCCAGACAAGGAGAUCAUGGUCAUGUUUGGAAGGGACUUUGUGGCAAACCCCGAUUUGGUGAUGAAGCUGCAGCAUGGUUUGGAACUCAAUCGGGGUGAGAGGAACACGUACUAUACCAGCGACUCUGCUGGAUAUAUCGACUAUCCAUGUGCCGUCAAGGUAGCUGUGUCUGCUUGA